UGAGUCGGAGGAGUUGAGAUCUUUUUAUCGCGCGUUGAUAUUCUAACGACAAUAUCUCACUUGACUUGAUCAGGUUUGUCUUCUUUUUUUUGUCGCCGUUUGUGGUUUGCGGUCUCGGUGAAUAUUUUAUUAUGGAUUCACAGGUUGGUUCACGGUUUUGACAGUAGAUUUAUCGACAAACAUGUUGGAAGGUUUUUCUUGUUUAUUAUUUUUUUCUUUGGUCCUUCGCACGAUCGAAAUGGGUGCCGUCCAUAAACCGCUGACUCCAACGUGUAUAUAGGUACGUUUUUAUAUUCAUACAAAUCUUACAAACAGAAGACGACAAAACCGUGGAAGCAGCGAAACGUCUAAAGAGAAAAUUAUUUUUGCAACGGUGGGAACUGACUGGUGGCUGUACUAGCUCUAUGAUGACAGCAAGCGAGGCUACAGCUGGAAUGGCCGUGACAACAUGAAAAAGAAAAAGUGUCCAAGUCUAUUUUCAUCCAGCCAGUGAUCCAAGCCCAAGGAAUAGGGAGCGGAGCCGACAGGUGCGAGCGGCCUGCCCUACCUGUGCCGCCAUGGAGCCGCCGCUGAGCCUGGCACUGCUGGGGGGCAGCGAGGACGAGGACCCCCGCUUCCCCCUGCCCCUGGGCAGCAGAUCCCACCCCUCCAUGACGGGCGCCUUCCCCGGGGCCAACCACUCAAACCACAUGGGCGGGACCAGCCUGGACCGCCUCAACGGCAGCACGCCGUCCCCCUCGGCCUCCGGCGCCGCCCCCAGCCUGCCUGGCGCCCCACUGCCCAAGCUGCCGCUCUCCUCCUCCGGGGCCCAGCCUCUCCCGCCGCCCCCCAUCCCCAACGCCCUGCACCCCACCAGCACCCCGCUGUCCUCCUGCCUGGGCUCCCAGCACAGCCUCAGCGGGGAGAACUCCCCGGUGUACAACGCCCUCUUCUACUCCUCCCACUCGCCCUCCAUGGAGCGGGAGAGGGACCGGGGCUGUAAACACCGGCAGGCCAGCCCUCUGGUGCACCGCAGGGACAGCAACCCCUUCACCGAGAUCGCCAUGAGCUCCUGUAAGUAUACGGGCGGGGUCAUGAAGCCACUUAGCCGGCUGAGCGCCUCCCGCCGGAACCUGAUCGAGUCUGACAGCAGCAGCGAGACCAAGGAGGGUGGGGUCUCCUCUGUGGCCGGGGGGGCGGCGGCCGGCGCCGGUGGCGUCGGCGUUGGGCGGGAGCGGGACGCCCCGACGGCCUCCCUCCUGUCCCAGUCCUCCACCAACCUGCCCCCCAUCCAGAGCCCACCCGAGAUCGUCAUCUCGUCUAAGGAGGACUCUCCGUACGCAAGGCGCUACGACAUCAGCGACUCCCCGUCCAACCAGAUGUCCAUCUACCACCAGAACCACGCGCUGGUGGAGAGCCGGCGGACGCUGGGCGGCUCGGGGGCCGUGGGCUCCAUGAGCGGGGUCAGCAGGCAGGGAGGCGUGGGGGGCGUGGGCACUGGGCCCCGGGGCAGCAUGUCCAAAGCCUGCAAGCGGAAGAACCAAAACAUUGGCUACAAACUGGGCCAUCGCAGGGCGCUGUUCGAGAAGAGGAAACGGCUGAGCGACUACGCGCUCAUCUUUGGAAUGUUUGGCAUCGUCGUCAUGGUGAUCGAGACUGAGCUGUCCUGGGGCGUGUACAACAAGAGUUCCAUGUAUUCUCUGGCCCUGAAGUGUCUGAUCAGCCUGUCCACGGUCAUACUGCUGGGCCUCAUCAUAGCCUACCAUGCCCGGGAAGUGCAGCUGUUCGUCAUCGACAACGGUGCAGACGACUGGCGCAUCGCCAUGACAAUGGAGCGCGUGCUGCUGAUCUCGCUGGAGCUGCUGGUGUCGGCUGUGCACCCGGUGCCAGGCGACUUCAAGUUCCUGUGGCGGGCGCGGCUGGCCUUCUCCUACACGCCGUCGCACGCCGAGGCUGACCUGGACAUGGUGCUCAGCGUGCCCAUGUUCCUGCGCCUCUACCUCAUCGCCCGCGUCAUGCUGCUGCACAGCAAGCUGUUCACCGACGCCUCGUCCCGCAGCAUCGGGGCCCUCAACAAGGUGCACUUUAACACGCGGUUCGUGAUGAAGACUCUGAUGACCAUCUGUCCCGGCACGGUGCUGCUGGUCUUCAGCAUCUCUCUGUGGAUCAUCGCUGCCUGGACCGUGCGCGUGUGUGAGAGGUACCACGAUGCCCAGGACAUCACCAGUAACUUCCUGGGUGCCAUGUGGCUCAUCUCCAUCACGUUCCUGUCUAUCGGCUAUGGAGACAUGGUCCCCAACACCUACUGCGGCAAGGGGGUGUGUCUGCUCACUGGCAUCAUGGGUGCCGGAUGUACUGCACUGGUGGUUGCCGUGGUAGCCAGGAAGCUAGAGUUGACCAAGGCCGAGAAACACGUGCACAACUUCAUGAUGGACACGCAGCUCACUAAAAGGAUAAAGAACGCUGCAGCCAAUGUUUUGAGGGAGACCUGGCUCAUCUACAAGCAUACCAAACUAGCAAAGAAGAUCGACCACUCCAGAGUCCGCAAGCACCAGAGGAAGUUCCUCCAAGCUAUUCAUCAGUUACGCAGUGUGAAGAUGGAGCAGCGAAAGCUGAGCGACCAGGCCAACACACUGGUGGACCUCUCAAAGAUGCAGAGCGUGAUGUACGAGCUGAUGUCGGAGCUCAACGACCGCAGUGAGGACCUGGAGCGCCAGAUGCUGUCCCUGGAGCACCGGGUGGAGCAGCUCACCGCGGGGUUCACUGCCCUGCCCGCCCACCUGUCGGCCACCCUCAGCGCCCAGCACGCCGCCCUGGUGCACCUGCUCCGGGAGAGGGACGCCCGUGACUGGAGAGGGGGCGGCGGGGGUGGAGGCGGGGGUGGCGGUCCUGCAGCCGGGGCCGUGGUUCCCUUCACGGGGCCGGCGGCGGUGCCCGUGACGGUGGUGUCCCAGGCUCAGAUGGCGGUUCCGGCGGCGGCGGCAGCAGCGGGACUCACCGUGGCCCAGGUCCCGGUCCUGGCGCUGGAGUCCCCCCCGAAGGUCAGCCAGUCCCCAAGCUCGGAGGGCAGCCUAGGGGAGAGCAGCCCGGCCACCCUGGCCUGCUCACCCAGCUGCUGA